CGACUAGAGGCAAAAGAGCAGAGCUCCACAGAGCGCGCGCGGCUACGCGGAGCGACAGCGCGAGAGCAAGACUUCAAAGCUACGACGUUUUUAUUUUUUAUAUCGGAUUCGCAGCCGUGUUUCUUCCUCGUCCCGUUCAGCGCACUUACGAGCCAGGACACGAUCAGCCACCUCGCGAGGACAGCACGGGGUUUAAAGGCGGACGAGAGGCGCGCGAGCAAGCGCAGCAUCCCUCUGUCUCUCUAUCUAUCUCUCUCUCUCUCUCUCUCUCUCUAUCGCUCACUCUCUCUGUCCGCGCUCCAGGCACGCGAGCUCCCAGCCGCAGCGCUGCCCUCGCGCGCCUGACUUCUUCUGACGGACAGAUAGCACUGAGUGCGAAAAUAAUUUGACGUUUUCAACCGGAAGCCAGAACUUCUAGGACGUACGCUGACCGGACUCAGAGAACCCGUUUUGUAGGCUAACGUUUUCGACCGGAGUCCAGAACCGGGGAAUUAAUUUUGCCCUGGUGAACAACCGUGACGCAUGGUGGGAAUUUCUGCCUCUUUUCAGUAUCGUACUGAGAAGCCCUCCACCAUGCCCGACUCGCCCGCCGAUGUGAAAGCACAGCCCAGGUUAACUCCGCCCACCAUGCCUCCACCACCCGGCACACAGGGAGCCCCCAGGACCAGCUCGUUUACUCCCACAACACUAACAAACGGCACCAGUCACUCUCCCACCGCACUGAAUGGUGCUCCGUCGUCCCCUAACGGCUUCAGCAACGGCCCUUCGUCCUCUUCCUCCUCUUCGCUGGCCAAUCAGCAGCUCCCUCCGGCAUGCGGCGCACGGCAGCUCAGCAAGCUGAAGCGCUUCCUUACAACUCUGCAGCAGUUCGGCAAUGACAUCUCACCUGAAAUCGGCGACCGUGUCCGCACACUCGUACUGGGCCUUGUGAAUUCCACAUUAACCAUCGAAGAAUUCCACUCCAAGCUGCAAGAAGCGACCAACUUCCCCCUCCGACCUUUUGUCAUCCCGUUUUUAAAGGCCAACCUGCCCUUACUGCAGCGGGAGCUUUUGCACUGCGCACGCCUGGCCAAGCAGAACCCAGCACAGUACCUGGCCCAACACGAGCAGCUGUUACUCGACACCAGCAUUACAUCUCCGGUCGAAUCGUCUGAGCUGCUGAUGGACGUCAACGAGAACGGCAAGAGGAGGACGCCGGACAGAACCAAAGAGAACGGAUUCGAGAGGGAGCCUCCACAUCCGGAGCAUCCAAGCAAGCGGCCAUGCACCAUCAGCCCUGGUCAGCGUUUUAGCCCCUCCAAUGGACUUUCAUACCAGCCCAAUGGACUUCCUCACACUGCUCCACCACCCCCAGGCCACUACCGGCUUGAUGAGAUGGCUAUCGGCCACCAUUACAGAGACUCGUAUCGCCACACCAACCACCGCGAGAUCCGUGAGCGCCCGCGGCCCAUUGGGAUGCACGGUGGCACACGUCAGGAAGAAGUCAUCGAUCACAGACUCACAGACAGAGAAUGGGCCGAGGAGUGGAAGCACCUUGACCAUGUAAGAAAACUGCUUAACUGCAUCAUGGACAUGGUGGAGAAGACGCGGCGCUCACUCACCGUGCUCAGGCGAUGUCAAGAGGCUGACCGCGAAGAGCUCAACUACUGGAUCCGGCGCUACAGCGAUGCUGAGGACCUGAAGAAGAGCUCCAGUAGCAGCAGCAGCAGCAGCAGUAGCCAGUCAAGGCAGCAGAGCCCUGCAGGCCAGGACAGCAACCCUACAGAGAUCCACCGGGAAGUUCUCCACAGGCCUGUAUCUGGCUAUGUUCCUGAGGAGAUCUGGAAGAAAGCAGAAGAGGCGGUGAACGAAGUGAAGAGGCAGGCCAUGUCUGAGCUGCAGAAGGCCGUGGCUGAAGCCGAACGCAAGGCUCAUGAUAUGAUCAGCACCGAACGAGCCAAGAUGGAGCGCACUGUGGCUGAGGCCAAGAGGCAAGCUGCAGAGGACGCGCUGUCUAUUAUCAACCAGCAAGAGGACUCGAGUGAGAGCUGCUGGAACUGUGGACGCAAGGCAAGCGAGACGUGCAGCGGGUGCAACACGGCGCGCUACUGCGGCUCCUUCUGCCAGCACAAGGACUGGGAGAAGCACCACCAUGUGUGCGGGCAGACGCUGCAGGCGCAGCAGCAGGGCGAGACGCCGAGCACCGCCAGCUCCUCGGGCACUCCCAGUAGCAGUGCUGGCAGCCCCGCCGACACCCCCUCCGCCGCUGCCACGCCACGCUCGGACACGCCUGGCACGCCGGCAGCAUUAGAGCCUGCGCCACGCUAGAGCCAAACCCAUCACACCCCUGCCAGAACUGUCUCGCCUCGCCUCGCUUACUCAAACAUGCUAAAUCUAACAUGCUAACCGAGAAAGAGGACUAGUUCCACAGAGCGAUCGCCCAACCGGAGGUCCGUAUCGGGUCAUAUUGACUUGCUAUGACAGAGAACACAAAGAUAUUCUUUGUUUAAAAUUCUCACCAUCCUUUAAUGCGCCCAAUUGCUACUAUAGAUUAUUUUUUGUUUGUGUUAAAUGUUUCCUUGUUAAUGAGCAGAAAAAAGAAAAAGACCUCUGGAUCAGCACAUUAUUAAAACCUCCCGUUCGAUUCGUUUGUUUUUUGCUGUUUGUUUGUUUUCAGCGCUUCUUCUCCUCUCCACUAGCUGGGAUAUCAAACUAGUUGACCUCAACAAAAAGACACUUUACCAAACAACAAACCAAGGGAUUUACUUCAUAGCUGUUGUAAACAAAGACGCAAAAACAAAAUGUGAUUAUAUGAAAGACAGCAUUCCGUGAAAGGAAGACAAAAACAAAAAUUAACGGGGGGAAAAAAUAAACCAUCAGGGCAGGACAUUGUGGAGUGGAAGAUGAAUAGCGUUGUUACUGAACUCGGCAGACCCUCGGCACCGCAUGCAGAUGUGCGGCAGAUUGAACACAGGAACGCAGAUGUUCCCUCCUCUUUUUCCUUACACGUCUGCAAGACAUUUGAUGGUAUCCAGGUCAGUGGUCUGAAAAAUAAGAGUCUGUUUCUCUCGCAGAGGAAUGUAAAGGCACGGAGGACCGAGCACAGCUCCCGAUGAUGAGCGCGCUUGCAUCAGCUCCGAAACAGGAAGUGAAGUCAUCAGCCCGCCCCUCGCUACGACAGCUGUUUGGGGUGAAAAAAAAAGGCGCGAUCCUCCACUUCUGCCCCAGCUUUUAAGCCCCACCCUCAAUCCUACUUUUAGUUCUUUUUGUUGUUUCCUCUUCGCUUUCAUUGUGUUGAACAUAUGUGUCCCAUACUGUCUCUUCUCUCUGAUGCUUAUUUAUUGUACAUGUGUUGGACAAAAAAGUCGUGAUCAUGCAUAAUUACCUAAAAGAAAAAAAAAAAAAAGAAACAAACAAUCAAAAAAAAAAAAAUACAAAAAACAUUUAGGCCCAUCCUUCUAGCUGGUGCAAAAUAACAUAUUAAGCAUAUCGCGAGCUGCUUUCCUGUUUGUGGGUGUUUGUGGUAGUUCCUUAGUAGUUGUUUAAGAAGAAGAAGAAGAAAAAAAAUCCCGUUGUCCUCAAAAAGGAGACAAAAGCUAUCUCUCAGAGCUGCUGCUUCAGUCUAACACCGACCUUUUCUGAGAACUAGCAUGUUACACGGAAUGCUAACAUUAAUGUUUUUGUACAUGAGACGUACAUAAUCGUAUUUGCACUGUCACAACGUUCCCUUCAGCAUGCUUCUCCCACCCCCCACCCCCAAAGUUUCUCGGUAGAGAGAGCCUCACGUCACUGACUCCGCAGUGCUUCUUUUACGUAUCUGUGAUCUUUUUUGAUUUUCUUUAAAGGGGGGAAUUUAAAAGGGGGGGGGGAUGGUUAGGAAUCUUUUCUUUGUCCUAAACGCGAUAGCAAAAAAAAAAAACAAAAAAAAAACGUCAUACCUUUGCUUUUGAAUAGUUACAAACAGUGCAUGCACAUUACUGAAUGUUGAAGUAUAUGUUCGUUAUUUUAUUUUUUCGUUCGUUUUGUACAAAAAGGAGAAAAAUCGUUGAAAAAAAAGAAAACAAAACAAAAAAAAAAAUGCUAAGAAUCUAACUUUCCAAAUGCAGAGGUGUAAAA